AAAAAGGGUAUUUUCUUUUACGCAGAACGUGCUCCGCCGCAAUUAGACUACCAACGUUGUUUGUUCCUGCACGAAGGCAGUAUGCGGGACAUCAACAUGUUGCGACGGUCCUCGAUGUUCGCUGCUGAGGUAAUGGAAGUUUUUGACCGAACGCCUACAGAAAAAGAGCUGGUCUCCCAGUCAAAGGCGCUGUGUAGGGAGUUCAUCUAUUCCAGACUUGUUCGAGAAGGACUCAGCUGGUCGAAAAUUGAGCCGGAUCUUCCACCGCCAAGUGGACUUCUUGGAGAUGUAUCCAUGGUGCUUCUUAAACUUGGUGAUGAAUUGGAGUACAUUCGACCAUAUCUUUUUCGAAAUGUGGCAAAGCAACUUAACAUCUCUGUAGCAGUGGAGACCAUGGUGUCAGAUGCCUUCCUUACUGUGACAACCGAGAUUCUUUCAUUGGGUGUCACGUGGGGGAAAGUAGUGGCCAUCUUCGCGAUUGCAGGUGGUUUGGCGGUGGACUGUGUGCGGCAGGGCCAUCCAGCCAUGGUGCACACCAUAGUGGACAGCCUGGGCGAGUUAGUACGCAAGAGCCUGGUCCCCUGGCUGAAGAGACGAGGCGGAUGGGAGGAUAUUUCAAAAUGUGUGGUAAACACUGACACUAGUGCACAUUCCCACUGGAUAACUGCAGUUCUCUCGACCUGGAGGCAAUUCGUGAAGACCAUGUAUAUCUACCUGACAAAGUAGUCUGGGCAGACAAUGGUUGAGAUGA